AUGAGCGAUGUCGUCCCAGAGCUAGCGGCUGAUGAAGACAAGCCAUACUGCAUCUGGUACCCAGAUGUAGCAAGCGAGGACACGUACCGCCAGUUGGUGAAGCGCUAUCCCGACAUGCGGUAUACUAUCGGUCGAGCCUGCGCAGUGGCUGGCUAUGCCACGCUCUAUCACGAACUUGAUCUCCUCCCCGAGGUCUCUAUCGCCGAAGAAGCUAGGGAUAAUUCGACGAAUGACGGCUCUAAGACGAUAUUCGACGCUAUCAUGAAACAGCCCGCCUGCUAUGCGAUCCUCAACGAUUACACUCGAUCUUGCAACAUCGACAACCCUUUGUUCCCUGCGUUCAUGAACAGCGACACAGCGGUGCAAUCCUCGUUAGACAUCCGAUUAGGCUUAGAUAAGUACAAGAAGUGGUGCGAUCAUUACUUUAACAUUGCCGAAGACUUUAACGUCGGCGAAGUGUCAUCGGAGAAGACCAACCGACAGACAAUUGGACCGGAACAUGUGGGGCUUUUCUAUACACCGCUUCUCUCGCAUCUGCCGACCACCAACAAAGAUCCGCUCAUUAUCAUGGCAGCAUACGAGGGAAACAUUGAGCGUUAUGUACGUCUACGUCGGCCAGUCUUUCUCCAUGACGAAGGCUAUGCCAUUGUCCGUGGGAUAUACCACAACACCACGUUCGCCAAGUGGUGGUCCAUUGAAGUGAAACGUACAUCUCCGGAAUGGGACAGCGUCAUAGAGGAUGCUGUACUUGCGCGGUUUAUCAUGGUUAACGACCUGUCACACAUAACCCCUGUCAAGCCGACUUUGCAUCGUAUACCACACUUGAUUUGGUGGCCUCUGAUUCCGGCAGAGGCGACAUUGAGAGAGCUUCUCCGUCGUCGGCCAGAAGCAAAGCUUCAAGUUGCAAUGGCAUGCAUCGCUGGCGACUAUAGACGACUUUGGGACGAGCUUGCGCCAGAGCCGCAGAGUGAGCUCAUGGACCAGGCGCGGCAGGAUCAAUUACAUCCAGAGGCUACUCCCCACUGGCCACGAAGUCCCAAUAGGAACUACUAUGUCGGUUAUCUGGAGCAAAAGGCGAAGGAACUGAAAGUCCCCGUUCCGAGAAGCAAGCGUUCUGAGUGUGAAGAUGCAGCGGUUCGCGAUAAGGAGCCUACGUCUACUUGGCUUGACGACGAAAUCUCUGCCCACCCCUAUGCCUUGGUUAAUUCCUAUCCCGGUGGCAGCGUCUACCAAUGGGGUUCUCAGGCGAUUGCAUCGCAUUGGGAACUGUUAAUUUGCUCGAGCGAGGCUAUGAGACGGAAAGCGCAGGAAGAGGGUGGGCUCAGGCUAUACGACGAUGAGAUGAUACCGUGA